CAUCACAAACCCACACACUUUCAAAAACUCUCACACCUACAUGUUAUGAUACCCUGCACCAACCAUGAAUGCUCCUACCACCGUAACCGCCAUCACCACCACACCGCCGAGUAGGGAUGAACCCGACUACGACAGCAGCUCCUCCUCCAUCACCGUGCCGGAAUCCAGCCGGAGCUGGAUGACCAACCUCAGCUUCGGCAGCCGCCGCCGCCGGAGCUCGGUCUCCGUGUGCUCCUCCACCCUGGAGAGUCCGCACGCGAGGCCCCACAAGGCGAACCAGGCUGCAUGGGAGGUCAUGCGGCGGCUCCGUCGCGACAAGGGGCAGGUCGGUCUGGAGCACUUCCGCCUGAUGCGGCGGCUGGGGAGCGGCGACAUCGGGAACGUGUACCUUUGCCAGAUAAGGAACCCCGUGGUGGGGUUGCCGCAGUGCUUUUAUGCGAUGAAGGUGGUGGACAGAGAGGCACUUGCGAUACGGAAGAAGCUGCAGAGGGCGGAGAUGGAGAAGGAGAUUCUCGCCAUGCUUGAUCACCCCUUCUUGCCUACUUUGUACACUGAGUUUGACGCUUCUCAUUACUCUUGCUUGGUCAUGGAGUUCUGCCCCGGUGGCGACUUGUACGCUGCACGCCAACGCCAGCCCGGGAAGCGCUUUUCUAUUACAUCCACUAAGUUUUAUUCGGCUGAGACGCUAUUGGCAUUAGAGUAUCUUCACAUGAUGGGCAUAGUGUACAGGGAUUUGAAGCCAGAGAACGUGCUUGUGAGAGAGGAUGGACAUAUUAUGCUUUCAGAUUUUGAUCUUUCACUCAAAUGUGACGUUGUGCCGAAGCUGUUAAGGAGCAAGACGAGAGUGGAACGCAGUAUCAAGAGUACAAAGAGAUCAGUGCCAGCCUGCACUGCCCCCAUGCAGCCUGUGCUGUCAUGUUUCUUGGCAUCAAGCAAGAAGAAGAAAGCGACAGUGACAACAGUUAUAAGAGAAAAUGUUGAGGUGGAAGAGCUUGAUCCGGAGCUGGUGGCUGAGCCUAUCGAUGCCAAGUCGAAGUCAUUUGUGGGGACACACGAGUACUUGGCACCAGAAGUUAUCUUGGGGCAAGGACAUGGGAGUGCAGUGGACUGGUGGACGUUUGGGGUGUUUUUGUAUGAGAUGUUAUACGGGAGAACACCCUUCAAAGGUGAAAAUAAUGAAAAAACUCUUGUCAACAUUUUGAAGCAACCAUUGGCUUUCCCCAGAAUCGCAGUUAGCAGCAGCAAGGAUUAUGAAGAGAUGGUGAAAGUUCAAGACCUUAUAAGCAAGCUCUUGGUGAAGAAUCCAAAUAAGAGAAUUGGAAGCUGUAUGGGUUCUGUCGAGAUCAAAAGGCAUGAGUUCUUCAAGGGUGUAAAUUGGGCCUUAAUUAGAUCAGUUAGGCCUCCUGAAGUCCCCAGUGAUAUGAACAAAAUUAGGAGUAGUAGGGUUUUGCUACCAAAACUAAGCAAAACAGACAGGGAUCAGCCAUAUCAGCUUAGAACUCAUCAUUUUGAAUACUUCUAACGGCAAUAAAUGUAAAUAGAUUAGCAAAAAUAGGAUUUCCCGCAAAUAUGUGUUUGCCAUUAAAGAAUUUAAGGGCUCUUUUCCCCUUGUUUUCUGUUUUUUUUUUCUUUUUUCUAUGUACCGAUGAGAGAAAGAAUUAGAAAAAGUAGUAUAUGUAUGACCAAGGCACUAUGCAUUGAA